AUGAUCCCAUACAACCACAGUGGCCUAGUGCGCAGAUUGGCUGAAUAUUUGCUCAGCAGACCUAAUGAUGGAUAUGUAUGGAUUCAGGGCCCUUUUGGCAUAGGAAAGUCUUAUAUAGUACGCCAGGCUAUUAAAAGUUCAUAUCCGAAAAUUACCAAGCAGCUGAUAUUUUCACUCAAUAAUGCAAAAUUGGAUGAUUUUGCACACUCUUUCAUUGAUGCAAUUGCCAAUCUGACAAUUAAAUCGCAAAAAAAUGAUAUUAUGGAUAGAAUCUCUCGGUCCAUCCCAGAGAUUCCUAAAAGUUUAAUUGCCAAAGCCCAAAACAAAGAUAUAUCGCAAUUAUUAAAAUCUAUUUAUGAUGCAAACAAUACUAUUAAUUCAUUGAAGUGGCUAUUUCAAGUAUCGAAUCAAUUAUUGGCUGACGCUAAUAUCAAAAUACCAAUUGGAAUAAAGUUUAUGAGACUGUUAGAUGUUGAGCUGUUUGAAUGUUUGGUAAAAUAUCUACCAAAUACGAAUAUUAUCCCAAUAUUGCUUUGUGAAGAGAUGGCAAGUGUUAUUUACUUCUAUAAAAACUUAGCAUCUCAAAGUUCGUUUAUCUUGGAUGUACAAGAGGCAGAAGAAGAUUUUAUUAGGAAUUACAUCAAAUUAAAUGUCACAAAAUUUACUGAGAUUACUGAUGCCAUAUUGCUUAUUGCGGGACACAAUUUAUCACUUAUAAAUCGAAUUUCUAGCCAUUUAAGAGAAUCCGUCCAUUUAGUUUCAGGAGAUUAUUCAGACGAAUUCUACCCAUUUGACCAAACCAACGAAGAUAGACAGCUAUAUGAGUUAUUGGAAAGCCAAAAGGCUUCCAUUAUAAAUUUGCCAGACACUAUAUUUAAACAAGACAUUGAAGAGUUUCAUGAAAAAAUGAAAUCCUUUUUGUCAUUCCCGCCCAUAGCAAAGAUGAGGAAGGAAAUGAAAAACGACAUACACUUCAAAGUCACGGUGCAUGAGACAAUUAGGUACAUAAUAAGCAAACGAAUUAUGCAAGCCUACAACAAUAAUUACCAAAAUAAUCCAAUCAUCAUGGGCUUACUAUACUCUGAUAUUUUAUUUUACCACUUUUCAACGGGCAAAUUUGUUAUUGCAAACGCACUGAUAAAGCGUUUGGCGAUUGACUACAUAAACUCACAGUACCAUAACCUAAGUUCAUAUGAAAUGGUGGAGUAUAACCUUAAUUACCUCCUAAACUUCAAAAUUAUACAGAAAGAGGUUGACAUUUCAUUGUAA